UUUCUUAAAAUUUUAUUAUUUUGUUUAAUUAUGAGAUAUAAAUCAAUACCAUUUAUAUCUCAAAUAAAACUUCUUGUUAACAAUAAGCAAAAUGGUUUUUCUAAUAGUUUUUCCGUACAAAAUAUUGUUAUUAACUGGCUAAAAUCAAGAACUCCAUUUGAUAUUGCUUCAGUGUCAUGUUUUUACUCAUCAGAUAACAGAAAAUCUUUCAUUAGCAUAGAAAAGAAAGCGGAGGCGUUUAAAGAUGCAUACGAACAUAAAAAGGAAAAAAUCAAGGAUACGGAACAAAAGCUACGUCUGAAAGGUGCUGAGUUGGUUCGCGACAUAAAAAACCAGAAAGAAAUUACAGAACAGAAGUUGAAAACAAAAAAAGAUUUUCUAAUCAAGGAUAUCUUAGAAACUAAGGCUAAAGUUAAAGAGAAAUUUGAGGAGGUGGUUGAGAGGGAAAAUGUUUUUACUGUGCCGAAUAUAUUAUGUGUGACUAGGAUUGUGUUGUCACCAUAUCUUGGCUAUGUUAUAUUACAGGAUAAUUACAACUUGGCACUAGGUAUAUUAAUUUGUGCUGGUGUUACAGACUUGUUGGAUGGUUGGAUAGCAAGAACUUGGAAAGGACAAGCUUCAAAGAUGGGAUCUUUUCUUGAUCCAAUGGCAGACAAGGUUUUGAUUGCGACCCUAUUUAUAAGCUUGACCUGGCAAAACCUUAUUCCUCUACCAUUGACUUUACUGAUAAUUGCCAGAGAUGCGGCACUAGUUACUGCCGGCUUUGUCAUCAGAUAUAUUAGUUUACCUCCACCAAAAACCAUAAGUCGAUACUUUGAUGUAACUCAUGCAACUGCACAGCUUGCUCCAACAUUUAUAAGUAAAGUCAACACUGCUGUGCAACUAAUACUGGUGGGAACAGCAUUGGCAUCACCUGUUUUUGGGUAUGUGGACCAUCCUGCUCUCCAAGUUCUAUUUGGUGUAACAGCUGCAUCCACCAUUGUAUCUGCUUUAAGUUAUGUAAUAAGUAAAGACACCUAUAAAUUAUUAAAGAAAAAGUUAUAAUUUUUUAGACUGUAAAUAAUGUACCUACCUAUAGAAUUGUAAUUUUUUCUACCUGAGUUUAUUGAAUGAAUUUAUUAAAUGAUGUUGUUGCAGAAA